UCAUUGACGCGAUGCCGACGAAACGCUGUUAUUUUCAUCCGGAUUGCAGGUCCACUUUGUUCAGCCUUCCUAGGGACGGGGAAGUUAGGGAUCAAUGGUUAAAAUUUAUUUUUAACUCGGUCCCUCAAAAUUAUUACCCAAAUCUCGCUCUCUGUGCUGCUCAUUUUACGGAGGAAAGCUUCCACAAUCUUCGCGAGUUCAAUGCAGGAUUCGCCCAACGGCUUGUCCUGAAAGAUGGAGCAGUUCCAACUUUAAAAACAGAAGCUGUUUACGGGCCACAACCUACAACAUCUCAGCAGGGUUCGAGUUCCCAAGAGCUCCCCACUACAUCUACACUUCAUGAAGUUGGAUGUCAGUCAGACCCUAUAGAGACCGAAACUGUAGCCACAGAGAUAAAGCCAAAGAUGCGAUCAGUGGGCACACAACUUUCAAUGGGUACAUUGAGCAGUUUCCACUUAAGGAGCAAAGGCAUUCAGGCAACAUAUUAUGGUCAUGAUGUGGGCACCCAAACAACUGAGAUGUUUCCUGAUGUGCAGCUGUCUUCAACACCAGUAAGGGGCUCAGUCUUCAGGCCCAGUAAGAGACCUCGUCUGGUGUUAGAUGAGGAAGAAGAAUCAGAAUUAAAUGUCGAACCCACUGAUUCCACAUAUAACCCAGAUUCUGUUGUUACUGAAGAAUCCGAAUUGGCGAUAGAUCCACAGCCCGACCACAGCGAUAACAAAUACAUUGUUUUUGAAAGCUGUCUUCGAGAGCUGUUUGUGUCCUGUCCAAUUUGUAAGACAAAGUGUGUUGUCCAGAGCAGACGAAGGGGGACUUUUGUUGCAUUCACCCAGCUUUGUGAAAAGUGUAACUACUACAGACAGUGGCAGAGCCAGCCCAUUGUAGGGAGUACCCCACUUGGAAACCUGCUAUUGUCUGCUGCAACGUAUUUUACCGGUGGAUCUUUUAAACAACUAGAGAAGAUUUUCAAGGCCAUGAAGCUCCAGAUGAUGCAUUUCGUAACUUUUAGGAUUCAUGCCAGGAAUUUCAUUGAGCCUACCAUAAUACACAAGUGGAACCAAGAUCAACUGAAUCUUAUAAGACAGCUGCAAGAGGGAGGAAAUGUUGCUGUGGCUGGAGAUAUGCGUGCUGACACGCCAGGACACUCAGCAAAAUUUGGCAGCUACACCAUUAUGCACAUGGAAACCAACAAAAUUCUGGAUCUUCAACUAGUUCAGAACAACGAGGUUGGUGGAAGUUAUCAUAUGGAAAAGGAGGGAUUGAAGCGUUGUCUCGAUAAGCUCGAGUCUAAUGGUUUAGCUGUUGACUACAUCGUCACCGAUCGCCAUCCGCAGAUUCAGAAGUACCUGAGGGACCGCAAUAUCACUCAGUUCUAUGACGUGUGGCACUUUGAGAAAGGUUUAUCUAAGAAACUUGACAAACUUUCAAAAAUGAAGGACUGUGAGGUGCUGAAAAAAUGGUUGCACAGCAUCAAAAACCAUGUUUACUGGAGUGCGAUUUCCUCUGAGUCUGGGCCAGAAAAGGUGGCGAAGUGGAAUUCACUGCAGAACCACAUCCAAAAUGUACAUGUUCAUGAGAACCACCUCUUCCCCAAGUGUGAACACCCAGACAAAGUUUCCAGGGAUCCAAAAAAAUGGAUCCAACCAGGAUCAAUAGCGCUCCAUAAAGUGGAAAAGCUAUUAUACAACAAGAGAGUUCUCAAGGAUAUAGAAAAGCUCAGCCACAACUUUCAGACGUCAUCACUGGAGGCUUUCCACAGUCUGAUUUUGCGUUUUGCCCCAAAGAACGUGAUUUUCCCUUUCAUAGGAAUGUUGUGCAGGCUGUAUCUUGCAGCAAUGCACUAUAAUGAAAAUGCUAACCGUGAGCAGGCAACAACAACUGAAGGACAGGCUGUGUAUAAGAUCGUUUUUCCAAAGUCCAAAAAAGGGGAAUGCACAGCAAAGCCAGUGAAAAUAGAACCAACAUACAACUAUGUCGAUGACCUUAUGAGCCUUCUGUUACAUAAAGUCUUUGUGGACCCCAAGCCAUAUGCAGAAGAGCUGCAUGCAAUCCCCAUUCCACCUCCUCUGUCAUCACAGUAUGAAAAACCUUCCAAAGAAGAGGUGAUUGCCCAGCGUGUGUCAUGAUUCAGUCGAGGGGUGGCCGGAACCCAACAUACUGUCCCGCUGGAUCAGGAAACUGUAGACGGAUCCGGUUAACAACACAUGAGGGGAUGACAACCCUCACACUACGUCCUAGGUAGCCCCAGCACCAGCUGACAAAGCUGCGAUAGGCCAGAUAACGGAAACGCCUAUGGCAGGAAUAGAAAACCUCAAUAUUGUGUAUAAAACCAGUGGUAUAUUGGAAACAUGUAUAUGUGAUUUGAAAA